UCCCCGGAUAAUAUGCAGUCGAAAACGGUACCUCCGCAUGCAGUGGACGUUGAGCAUGGCAGUAGAAUAGAGCUAGGCUCUUCAAGAGUAUGGAGUGGAGAAGACAAUUCGAUCAAUGCAUCGCCGCAAAACUACGGGAACGGCGAAGGCGUGAGUCCGCGAGCGCAACAAGAUCAAUGGUAUAACACUCCGCGCUGGAGAGCAUUUAAGAGCAAGAUACCCUCGCCUCUCACUCGUUGCACUCGCACUAUAUCGAAUUGGAUGAAAGGUCCCCAGCCUUCUAGACGACAUCGCAUAACUCCUUUGUGGGAGCCCGUGCAGACCUUUCACAUCCGUUUAGUUCGGCUUCCCCGGCUCUUCAAGGUGUGCAUCUUCGUCUGCGCAUUUAUGCUAUGGCUCGUGGUAUUCGGCGUCUUGUUGGAUACCCACGGCCUUCCGGAUGACAUUGCUGGAUUCGGAGCACCUGUCAAGCUGUCCUGUACGAACAAAUUAUGGUCCGAUGCACCGAGCUGCGGCAUCGACGGUACAAAUUGUUUGCCAUUUGAUAACUCGACCUUUGCGUUUAGCUGUCCUGCCGGUUGCAGUGGAACAAUUGUACUGAAUCCAAAAACUAUCGGAGACGAAUCUAUCGUAUACCGCCCCUUCAUUGUCGGUGGCGGAACGCCCCAAACGCCAGGAGAUAAUGAUUUUGUGUAUCGUGGAGACUCUUUUAUAUGCGGGGCAGCUGUGCAUUCUGGUGCACUACAGGAUAGCCGUGGAGGCUGUGGCGUUCUCAGCCUCGUAGGGGAGAGGAACGAAUACGAUGGAGUGGACAGGAAUGGCCUCACCAGCGUGGGAUUCAAUUCAAGCUUUCCACUUUCAUUCGACUUCGACCGCAGCGCGCAGGUCGAAAGAGAUGCAGGAAAGUGCACUGAUCCUCGGUGGGACCUGUUAAUUCUGUCCAUAAUCUUCUCCGUCGCCUUCUCCCUCUUCACAACCCACCCUGCCACGUUCUUUGGACCCAUUUUCGUCAUCGCCUACUGGCAAGUCGCCAUGGCAUCAGACCCACAGCCCUACAAUGAUUACCCUUCACUGGCAUCCGACGCACUCGCAAAUUUCCUCCCCGCAGCUUUCAUCGCUGUGAUCAUCUACCAGAUCAGUGUCCGCAAAUCGCUUCUCCAUCUCACCGCUCAGUACGAGAAAACCAUCCUCUGGGUCGGCGGCCUCUGGGUGGGCGCCCUCAACAAUCUAACGCUGGACCACAUCCCCAUCUCCCGUCUAACCCCACACGACUUGAAUCAACAACCAGGCGCCAUGACAGCCCUCGUAAUCAUCAUCUUGGUUCUUGUUGCAAUCGUUCUCUACCAAGCUUGGUGUUUCCGCAGUGAAGGCCGCUUACCGCGUUAUCUAGGACUCUACCUUAUACUGGCGCUCUGUCUUGUCAUUCUCCUGGGUGUUCCUUCACUCAGUCUUCGUAUCCACCACUAUAUCCUCGCGCUGCUCCUCCUCCCCGGAACGGCGUUACAAACCCGCCCCAGUCUUCUUUUCCAGGGCCUCCUCGUCGGUCUCUUCAUCAAUGGGAUCGCACGUUGGGGCUUUGCAUCGAUCCUUCAAACCGCCGGCGCCCUCCGCGGCGACGCACAGCUCGGAAGCGAACUCGUCUCGAUCCUCCCACCAAACAUCACCAACGCGACUUCCAUUGCGUUCGCAUGGAAAGGCCUUGCGCGUGGCUACGAAGGCGUCAGUGUGCUUGUCAACGACGUGGAGAGGUUCCGUGGCUUUCGAGACGAUGGCCAGAACAACUUCACUUGGGCGAAGAGGGUCCAGGAUCGGCCCGAGUACUUCCGCUUUGGAUUCGUGAGUUAUGCGCCGUUUGGUGGCGUGGCGUACAGUGAUUUCACGAGGGCGGGCAUCUGGUGGCCGAAUGGGACUUGGAGUGAUAUACCCGAGGGUAGGACUUCUGGUUAGACUGCGAUGGACUUGCUUCUACUGUAUAUUGGUGUAGACGGAGUUUUGGUGUCAUUAUAAAGAGUUGAAUUGUUUUGCAUCUUGUGAGCGCGUUGGAUUAUAAUACUUUUCCUCUCGUAGAUAGAUGUAGAUAUAUCAUAUAUGUAAGCACGAUGAUCGAGCCAGGAAACAAUUCAUCACAAUCCUUCCUUGUAUAAGCAUAGCGCAAUCUGUCUCCCAAUAAUCGUUCUUCUCAGUCGCUCAUGGCAUAUUAAAUUUCCAAAGGAAUAGGGGGAUUGAAUCAUAUAUCUUGCUUCAAGAUCAUCACGUAUUGGCGACAU